AUGGUUGAGGAACGCCACAAGCGUUUUAUGAAUUUGAACCGCAAUUUGGAUUUAGUCCAUCAGAAAUUCAUCCUCGAUUGUGCUAAUGCAAACAUUGGUCCAACUUUAAGUUUUAGCUUACUUAAAGAAGUGCUUGGUGGAUUAGAUUAUGUAGGGUGUACUGUUUUAGAAGUGCGCAACUAUAGACGUGACCUUAGAGCAUACGUGGAAGGAGGUGAUGCACAAAUGUUAUUGAAUGAGAUGCGAAGGAAGAAGGAGCUGUGUAGUGCAUUUACAUAUGAGUAUGAGGUCAACUCAAAGGAUAGGAUGACACGAUUGUUUUGGUGUGAUCCUACUGCCAAGAGAAACUACCAUUUGUAUGGUGAUAUUGUUUCGUUUGAUACAACAUACUCAACAAAUAGGUACUGUAUGAUAUUUGCUCCUUUUACGGGCAAGGAUAAUCAUGGUCGCCCAGUGACAUUUGCUGCUGGCCUUUUGUCCAAGGAAAAUGCCAACUCAUUUUCAUGGUUAUUUAACCAAUUUGUAAAGUGUAUGGGCGUGGCUCCCAAACUCAUUGUAACCGACCAAGACUUAGGAAUGAAAGUUGUUGUUGAGGAGGUCCUUGUCAAUACAAGACACCAGUGGUGUAUGUGGCACGUUAUGAAUAAAGUUGCUGACAAAUUGCCAAAUAACAUGCUUGGUAGCGAACAAUUAAAGAAGGAACUGAAUGCAUGUGUAUGGUCAGAGUUGAUAGAACCUGAUACAUUUGAGGAAACUUGGCAUGCUAUAAUGGAAAGAUAUGGGCUGACCAAUAAUGACUGGUUUUCAUCAAUGUUUGCAUCCAGAAAAUUUUGGGUUCCAGCCCUUUUUCCGUGA